AUGGAUUAUUCCACCAAAACUCUUGCUGCUGGCUGCUUUGGGAAGAUAUACAGGGAGAAGUACAAUGACACCUGGGCUGCAAUCAAGAAGGUGCCACAACACUUAAUCAAUAGGACAGACCUGGAGAGAGAGUGUCAAGUAUACAAUAAGGCAAUUCAUCCUAACAUAGUGAAGCUUCUGGGUAAUCCAACACUCAAGGACUCUAAGUGGAUCAUCCCCAUGGAGUUCAUUUUUGGAGAGGAACUGGAGACAACCAUCUUCAAAUCACAAAAAUCUAAAAUACAGUUGACUCCAUCUAUAAAGGCCACCAUCAUCACAGGCAUGUGUGAAGGACUACUUCACCUACACAGCAAAGAUAUCGUCCAUCAGGACCUCAAGCCUGACAACAUCAUGGUAGAGCAUGACACUCACCGAGCUGUGAUCAUUGAUAUGGGACUGGCCAAAUUCUUCCGCAAUGGCCUAAAUUCUGCCAUGGAUAUGGGCAACGAGGCUUACUCUCCCCCUGAGGUCCUGCAGAGGAGGGGCCAGCGAGAUCAGCGCUCAGAUGUGUGGGCUAUGGGUAAAAUCAUCGCUGAACUCUGUGCCAGAGUCAGGCUGCACACCCCCAGUGUCUGUCCAACUAAGAUCCAGGAGACCCUCAGACUCCAAGGCCAGCAGUACUGUAAUGCUGUCUGUAGGAUGGUGCAGAGCGACCCCACAGUGCGAGCCACCAUGGCCGGGAUCAUGCCAGAGAUACGAAGGGCAGGGGGAGGUGGCAACACCGGGGAGAAACAAAGAGGACAUCUUCUGACACCCUUUCCUCACACUGAGGUAAAAGACACCUUGCCACAUCCUCAAGCUCCUGUACAGCACUCACUUUCUCCGAGAUUUGAGCGUGCAGCUUUUCCAAAGCCUGAGGUCAAGACAACACUAAGUCCUCAAGCUCCUGUACAGCGUUCACCAUCUCCAUCGAGAUUUGGGCGCAAUGCUUUACCAAGGCCUGAGGCCAAGACGCUAGUGGGAUCUCCUGUGAGAGCGCCUUCUCGAUCCAGAUGGGAGCCUACAGCUUCUCCAAAGCCUGAGGUCAAGACGCUAGUGCGAGCUCCUGUUCGAGUGCCUUCUCCAUCGAGAUGGGAGCGUGCAGCCUUGCCAAAGACUGAGGUCAAGACUGAGGUCAAGACAACACUGCAACCACAACCUGUACAGCGGUCACCUUCCCCAUCAAGAUGGGAGUGGGCAGCCUCUCCAAAGCCUGAAGUCAAGAACUCACCGUCUCCCCAUCCAAAGGUAGACCAGUGUAAUGCAUUGGUUCCAUCAGGCAUGGCUCAACCCAGUCAAGAUGUCAUGAAACAGCUUCUCUACAAAGAGGCGUCGAAGGGUCUCCCAUGCCCACUCCCCACAACGGGCAAGGUGCGAAUCCGCCGCUAUGAGCAAAGGAAUGGGGAAGUGGAGACUUGGAUGCAAAAGGAGGUGGAGACUGAAGGAGGGAGGAUAGUCAAGUUUGAGGAUGUGAAGUUUAACAACAAGUCGUAAGAAGGUUAUUGAGAGGUUGUGAAAUAGUUGAGAGUUGAUUGGACUCUGCUACUCCAGAGGGUGGGUCACUCCCCUUCCAUCCUUCAUUGUAAAAGUCUGACAUGUUUAUGGAGAGGGGGAAGAGUAUAUUUGGGAAGGGGGAUAAACUAAUAAAAUAAUUAUAAUGUCCAGUGAAACUAUACUGGACGCACCCUACAAUAAAGUGAAACAAUAUUUACUACGGUAGACAACAUUUAUAUACUGCAUACACUACCGGUCAAAAGUUUUAGAACACC